GAUCCGCAUUUAAUCACAAAUCAGAGAGACAACGCUCUCUUCACUUUCUCAAAUUAGCACCUUUCGGCCUCGACAUACCACCCCCAAUUUCAGCGUCGGUACGGGGCCGGCAGGCCGGGACAGCGACGGAGAGUGAUUCCUCGGCCAUGGAGGCGCUCGGACCCGGCCCCCCCAACACCGCCGCCCUGUUUCAGCCUCCCCGUCGUCCCGGUUUGGGGACCCUGGGAAAACCCAUCCACCUGCUGGCCAACCACUUCCAGGUGCAGGUGCCCAAGAUUGAUGUCUACCACUAUGACAUCGACAUAAAGCCGGAGAAACGCCCCCGCAGAGUCAACAGGGAGGUGGUGGACACCAUGGUCCGGCACUUCAAGAUGCAGAUCUUUGGGGACCGUCAGCCAGGUUAUGAUGGAAAAAGGAGCAUGUACACAGCCAACCCACUGCCAAUCGGGAGGGACAAGGUGGAGCUGGAGGUGACCCUGCCGGGUGAGGGGAAGGACCAGACGUUCAAGGUGUCGCUGCAGUGGGUGGCAGUGGUCAGCCUGCGGAUGCUGCUGGAGGCGCUGUCCGGUCACCUGAGCGAGGUCCCCGAGGACUCCGUGCAGGCCCUGGACGUCAUCACACGCCACCUGCCCUCUAUGAGGUACACUCCAGUGGGUCGUUCCUUCUUCUCCCCCCCAGAGGGAUACUAUCACCCCCUGGGUGGGGGGCGGGAGGUGUGGUUUGGCUUUCACCAGUCUGUGCGUCCCGCCAUGUGGAACAUGAUGCUUAACAUCGAUGUGUCGGCCACAGCGUUUUACCGCGCCCAGCCCGUGAUCGAGUUCAUGUGUGAGGUGCUGGAUGUGGAGAGCAUCACCGAGCAGACUAAGCCCCUCACCGACUCCCAGCGCGUCAAAUUCACCAAGGAGAUCCGCGGUCUGAAGGUUGAGGUCACACACUGCGGACAAAUGAAAAGGAAGUAUCGGGUCUGCAAUGUCACGCGUCGCCCUGCCAGCCACCAGACGUUCCCUCUGCAGCUGGAGAAUGGUCAGGCCAUGGAGUGCUCAGUGGCACAGUAUUUCAAACAGAAGUACAACCUGCAGCUGAAAUACCCCCAUCUGCCCUGUCUGCAAGUGGGCCAGGAGCAGAAACACACCUACCUGCCCCUGGAGGUGUGCAACAUCGUGGCUGGACAGCGUUGUAUUAAAAAGCUGACAGAUAAUCAGACCUCCACCAUGAUCAAAGCCACUGCGCGCUCUGCUCCAGAUAGGCAAGAGGAGAUCAGCCGGCUGGUGAAGAGUAACAGUCUGGUGGGUGGGCCUGACCCGUACCUGAAGGAGUUUGGGAUCGUGGUGCACAGUGACCUCACCGAGCUCACAGGGCGGGUCCUCCCGGCUCCUACGCUGCAGUAUGGAGGGCGGGGCAUCUCUCUGCAGAAUAAAACGGUGGCCACGCCCAACCAGGGGGUGUGGGACAUGCGGGGGAAACAGUUCUACGCCGGCAUCGAGAUCAAAGUGUGGGCCGUCGCCUGCUUCGCCCCGCAGAAACAGUGCAGAGAGGAUCUGCUUAAGAGCUUCACAGACCAGCUGCGGAAGAUCUCCAAGGAUGCAGGGAUGCCCAUCCAGGGCCAGCCGUGCUUCUGUAAAUACGCGCAGGGAGCAGACAGCGUGGAGCCCAUGUUCAAGCACCUCAAGCUGUCCUACGUGGGCCUGCAGCUCAUAGUGGUCAUCCUGCCAGGAAAAACACCUGUUUAUGCGGAGGUGAAGCGAGUGGGGGACACCCUGCUGGGAAUGGCCACUCAGUGUGUCCAGGUGAAGAAUGUGGUGAAGACCUCCCCCCAGACCCUCUCCAACCUCUGCCUGAAGAUCAACGCCAAGCUGGGCGGCAUCAACAACGUGCUGGUGCCCCAUCAGAGGCCCUCGGUGUUUCAGCAGCCUGUGAUUUUCCUGGGGGCGGACGUGACGCACCCCCCAGCGGGUGACGGGAAGAAGCCCUCGAUCGCGGCGGUGGUGGGCAGCAUGGACGGGCAUCCCAGCCGCUACUGCGCCACGGUGCGGGUGCAGACCUCCCGGCAGGACCUGUCCCAGGAGCAGCUCUUCAGCCAGGAGGUGGUGCAGGACCUGACCAGCAUGGUGCGCGAGCUGCUCAUCCAGUUCUACAAGUCCACCCGCUUCAAGCCCACGCGCAUCAUCUACUACCGCGGAGGGGUCUCUGAGGGACAGAUGAAACAGGUGGCAUGGCCAGAGCUGAUGGCAGUGAGGAAGGCCUGUAUCAGUCUGGAGGAGGACUAUAGGCCGGGGAUCACCUACAUCGUGGUGCAGAAGCGUCACCACACCCGCCUCUUCUGCUCCGACAAGGCCGAGAGGGUGGGUAAGAGUGGGAAUGUCCCAGCAGGCACCACUGUGGACAGCACCAUCACACAUCCGUCGGAAUUCGACUUUUAUCUGUGUAGCCAUGCUGGCAUUCAGGGAACCAGUCGGCCGUCACACUAUCACGUGCUGUGGGACGAUAACUGCUUCACUGCGGACGAGCUGCAGCUGCUCACCUACCAGCUGUGCCACACCUACGUGCGCUGCACCCGCUCCGUCUCCAUCCCCGCACCCGCCUACUACGCCCGCCUGGUCGCCUUCCGCGCCCGCUACCACCUGGUGGACAAAGAGCAUGACAGUGCGGAGGGCAGCCACGUCUCUGGGCAGAGCAAUGGGCGUGACCCUCAGGCCCUGGCCAAAGCUGUCCAGAUUCACUACGACACCCAGCACACCAUGUACUUUGCCUGAGAGCAGGCGCUAGGGGGGCGCAUUUUCCUUCCUCUCUCUCUCUCUCUCUCUCUCUCUCUCUCUCUCUCUCUCUCUCUCUCUCUCUCUCUAUCUCUCUCUCUGCUCUGUUACUCUCGGCACCAAAGCGGUUCGGAAGCCAGCGGGUCGGUCCAUUGACCCAAAUCGGACCGCCUCAUCCCAGCCAGCCCAGGCUUCCAGCGUGGGGAGAGCCCGACGCCUGGAGUCCUUUCUGAGGUUUAUUUCGUUGAAUGUCUUUUUUUGUACGAUACACUGAGUGUGACGGCUGUUGCUCUCACAGAUAAACCAGGUCUGUUCUUACCUCAAACCCCACCGGGGUGCAAAGAUUCAUAUUUUACAAUACUUGGAUCAAUUUGGAUGUUAUUUCGUGUUUUAAUGCCAUCCUUUUACAAGCUAACUUGGAUCAAUAUCCAUUUCUCUCCUGCAGCUAAUGCUGAGUGUAUGUGUGUGUGU